ACAACUUCCGCUAUGUUGCCGGAAGUGACAAAAGAAAGUAAACACGGGAGCUGUCAGUGGAUUCAGAAAUUAACAUUUAAUAGCGAGUAAACGGAGCGAUUCCAAGAAGAUAUUGUGCUUUUUAUAUACACUAGGAGACUUUUGUAUGGGAAACGGGUGCAGAGUCUAAUAAAGGGAUCAGGAGUGACACCGUCCUGCAAUGUUCACAGACAUGGACUAUGAGUUAGAGGAGGAUAAACUCGGUAUACCAACAGUACCUGGUACUGUGUGUCUGAAGAAAGAUCCUAAUAACCUUAUUGGGAUCAGCAUUGGUGGUGGGGCACAGUACUGUCCUUGUCUCUACAUUGUUCAGGUCUUUGAUAAUACCCCGGCUGCUCUGGAUGGGACACUGGCAGCAGGUGAUGAGCUCACGGGCGUGAAUGGGAAACCAGUGAAGGGAAAGACCAAAGUGGAGGUCGCCAAGAUGAUUCAAGCUGUACAGGGAGACGCAGUAAUCCACUACAACAAACUGCAGGCUGACCCCAAACAGGGGAAGUCUCUGGAUAUAGUGCUGAAGAAAGUCAAACACCGCCUGGUCGAGAAUAUGAGCUCAGGCACAGCAGAUGCUCUUGGACUCAGUAGAGCUAUUCUAUGCAACGAUGGACUGGUCAAACGACUGGAAGAGCUGGAGAAAACAGCAGAGCUCUACAAAGGGCUGAUGGAGCACACCAAGAGACUGCUCAGAGCUUUCUUUGAGCUUUCUCAAACUCACAGAGCGUUUGGAGAUGUGUUUUCAGUCAUCGGUGUACGAGAGCCCCAGGCUGCCGCCAGCGAGGCUUUUGUGAAGUUUGCCGAUGCUCACCGAAACAUUGAGAAAUACGGUAUUAAGCUGCUGAAGACCAUCAAACCUAUGCUCCACGAUCUGAACACGUACCUUCACAAGGCCAUACCAGACACCAAGCUCACCAUCCGCAAGUACCUGGAUGUGAAGUUUGAAUAUCUGUCGUACUGCCUGAAGGUGAAGGAAAUGGACGAUGAAGAAUACAGCAGUAUUGCCAUGGGAGAGCCCCUGUACCGCGUCAGCACCGGUAACUAUGAGUACCGUUUGGUGCUGCGGUGUCGGCAGGAGGCUCGCGCUCGCUUCGCCAAAAUGAGGAAGGACGUUCUGGAGAAGAUAGAGCUGCUGGAUCAGAAACAUGUCCAGGACAUCGUGUUCCAGCUGCAGCGCUUCGUCUCAGGCAUGUCAUAUUACUAUGACGAGUGCUACGCUGUCCUGAAGGAGGCAGACGUCUUCCCCAUCGAAGUGGACCUCUCUCGAACCACGAUCAACUACGGCAGCCAGUCGCUCUCCUACGCUGGAGACGAGGAGGAGGAGGAGGAGGAGGAGCAGGAGGAGGAAGAGGAUAGCGGGGCCGGAGAGGAAGGAGGGAGCAGCACAGGGAGACAAGCAGAGAACGGCGCUGAGAAACUGAUCGAUGAUGAAUGAGUGUGUGUGUGUGUGUGUGUGUGUGUGUGUGUGUGUGUGUGUGUGUGUGUGUGUGUGUGUG